AUGGCUGCUCAAGCUCCCGCUACCAAUGGUGGCUCUCAGUCUCUGGCUGCCAUGCUGGAGGCUCAGCACGAGGCUCACAAGCCCACUGUUGAAGAAGUGGUGGAUGAAGAGGACCUGAAGCACCCCCCUCCGUCGUCUAUUGUCAACUCAACGCCCGCCGCUGCCACUCCCAUCGCCUCGGAAACGUCUACACCUGCCGAAUCCGCAAUUCCAUCGCCCGUCCCGAAGGCCGCCGCAAAGAAAGCCCCCGCCUUCGACGUCCAGUCCGAUGAGCUGUUCCCUGCCCUGGGCAGUGGACCAAAGCCUGCGACCCCCGCUGCUGCCACAUGGGGAGGCAAGCCCUCUGCGGCCGCGGCUGUUGCCAAUGGUCAGGCUGCGAAGCCCAUGAACAUGCCCCGGGUCAUGUCUCUUCCUGGAAAGCACCUGGAACAGCUUCGCCUGGCUCCUUCCCAGAUGCAGCCGCGCGGGCAGCUCAAGAAGCCCCUUCGGGACAUCCUCCGGGACAUCUCCCGGAGAUCCAAGGCCAAUGUCGACAUGCGCGGUGGCCCCGGGGGAUCCAUCAUCUUCGAAGGAAAGGGCUCUGUGGACUCUGUUCGCCAGGCUCUGAAAGAGGUCGCUCAGCAGGUCGGAUCCAAGCAAUCUGUCAAGGUUCCCAUUCCCACCUCUGCCCGCCCUCACAUCAUUGGCCGCCAAGGUGCCGUUGUUCAGGAUAUCCAGACUCGCACCGGUGCCCGUGUCCAAGUUCCCCGCGCCGACAAUGACGCCCCCGCCGAUGACGAUGAUGAGGACACCAUUGAUGUGCUGAUUGAGGGUGAUGCCGUGGCCGCGGAGAUGGCGCGCCGGGAGAUUGAGGCCAUUGUCAAGGAGCGUGGUUCAAGCAUGAGCUUGCGCUUGAAGACAAUCCCCCCGGAGUUUUUCCCCUUCAUUGCUGGUGCGCACGAUGGUACUUUGCGCCAGAUUGAAGAGCGCACAAAGGCGCAGAUCAAUGUGCCUCGCUACGAUACAUGGACUUCUCAGCCGCCUCCCCAGGAAGCACACCCGGGCCAGGUGCAGUUUGUCCCUGUUGCUGACAAGCACAUUAUCAUUUCUGGAGAGCGGGCUGCCGCCCAGGAGGCACGCGCAGAGAUUGAGCGCAUGGCCGCUGAAUUGCAGCGCAACCUGACUCUGCGCCAACUGGCCAUUAACCGUGGCCAGCACCAAUUCAUCCUCGGCAAUGAGGCUGAUGCUCUUCACCUGUUCCUUGCUCAAACCGGAUGUGCCAUUGUUUUGCCUCCUGCUUCUGACGAGAGCGAAUUCUUGACUAUUACUGGCCCGUUGUCUCAGAUCGAGAACGGCAUCAACCACGCGAUGGAUCUUGCGACCAGCAUGCAAAUGGCCAGCAUUGACUUGUCUCGCCAGCACCCUGCUGCCCCUGCUGGCCCCCACGCCCAUGCGCGUGCCCUGACCCAGUACCUUCGCCGCCGCGAGGUCAUCAAGCAGCUUGAGUCGGCUUACGAUGCCCACAUUGCUCUUCCCCAGACCCUCGACGGUCCUGUCAACUGGGAGGUUUACUCCCGUGACGGCAAGAACACUAUCCGCGCCCGCUCCGAUAUCAUGAACCUGGUGCAGGCUUUCCCUCCUUCCCGUCUGCGCCAUGUCCCCGUCGAUCCUUACUUCCACUCUCACCUGCGCAACCAGAGCGCCCGCCAGAUCCAGAGUGACUAUGGUGUCCACCUCCUGAUUCCCGAUGAUGCUGAGUCCCCUGAAGUUGUCCUUGUCUACGAAGGCCCAUCUGCUACUGCCUCCGAUUUCGAGGUGCCAAGACAGCGCCCCUCUCCGGCGGAGGUUGCCGCGUUCGAGAAAUCUUUACAGGAGGCUCAGGAGUACCUCCUGAACGCGCUUGGAAACCAGCAGGACAUUGUCGGCAAAUCGGUGUCGAUCCCCGCCAAGUACCAGGAGAAAGCCCGGCGAUUUAUCAUUCGUGAGCAGGAAGCCAAGGGUGAAGAUAGCAUCCCCGUGCGUGCCAUCGUUGGUGAGCCUCGUGGCGGCUCGGUGGAGAUCGCUCUUCGCGGGCCUUCUGAUCUCGUUGCCGAGCUCGAUGCGAAGCUGGCAGCUUUUGUUGUGGAGCAGGAGCAGGAUGACUUGGAGCGCGGAUACACCACCACCUUUGAUUUCCCUCAGAAGUAUGCCAACAUCCUGAUCGGCAAGCGUGGCGAGAACAUCAACAAGCUGCGCGAAGAGUUCGAUGUCGACAUCAAGGUGGAGAACGGCAAGGUCGAGGUCAAGGGACCCAAAGCUAAGGCGGAUGCUGCUCGCAUGCGCAUCAUCAACAUGGGCAAGAAGCUCGAGGACGAGAGCACUCACAUCCUCAAGAUUGCCCCGCAAUAUCACCGUGAACUGAUUGGACAGCGCGGUAAUCAGGUCAACCGUCUUCAAGAUCGCUACAACGUUCGCGUUCAGUUCCCUCGCGCAGCUGCCGCUGCCAACGAUGACCAGUCGGCCAUCGAGACCGGCAGUGAUGCCGGUGGUGCUCGUGCUGGUCCUGCCGAUGAGGUCUUAGUCAAGGGCCCCAGCAAGGGUGCUGACCAGGCUCGUGAUGAGAUUCUCAGCUUGUUGCAGUGGGUGAUUGACCACUCUCAUUCCGCCACCGUCUCUGUUGCCCAGAACCAGAUUGCUUCACUGAUUGGACAGCGUGGCCGUGAGAUGGACAAGCUCCGUGCCGACACCGGUGCUCAGAUCGAUGUUCCCAGUGCCAAUGAUGCGCCGGACGCAUCUGGUCGUGUCCAGAUUCGUGUGAAGGGUACCAAGCAGCAGGUUGCCGAGGCCAAGAAGGUUCUGCAGCAGCGUGCUUCUGAGUUUGAUGCCACUGUUACCAAGUCUAUUGAGGUUGAUAAGAAGUACCACAAGGCCCUUAUUGGUGGUGGUGGUGCCAACAUCCGCAAGAUUGUUACCGAUGCCGGCGGCCCUAACGACGGCAGUGCUGCUCGUAUGGUCCGCUUCCCCCGCCCCGAUAGUACUGAGUCUACCAUUCGCCUCGAGGGAGAUGGGAAGAUCGUCGAUAGCAUCAUUGCCGCUAUUGAGGAGUUCGUCAAGGAACGUGAGGACCAAGUGACCGAGGUUCUUGAUGUCCCUACCGCCCAGCACCGCAUGCUGAUCGGUCGGGGAGGCGAUACCCGUCGCGGCAUUGAGUCCAAGUUCAGCGGCUCUGGCCGUACUGAUGUCAAGCUGAAGGGUCCUAGCAAUGCCGUUGCUGAGGCCAAGGAGCACAUUCAGGGCAUGCUGAAGGAGCAACACGCCGAGACCAUCGACGUUCCUAGCCACCUGCACCACGUUGUCGCGGACAAUGGUAUGAUCUUCCGCCGUCUGCGCAACGACUACCAGGUCACCGUUGACCACGCUGGUCGCGCUGUGCCCGCCCGUGCGGCGGACUCGACCCGUGAUGCUUCCAAUGGCGCCAUGCCCCUAAUUACCGACGAGCCCGAUAUGGAUGCUCACUCCUGGAACGUGGUUGACAACUCCGCUUCCGCCCGCGCUGUGAUCGAGAAAGCCAUCUCUUCGGCCACUCAGCAGUCCGCUACCGGAUACUUGAUCCUCCCCGACCCGAAGACCUACCGCUUCGUCGUUGGCCAGGGUGGCAGCCAGAUCAACGCCAUCCGCAAGAAGACCGGCUGCCGUAUCAAUGUGCCCAAGGAUCAGGCUCGCGGCGAGGCCAUUGAGAUCCGGGGUAGCGCCACUGGCCUGGAAGAGGCCAAGGACAUGAUCUUGGAGGCUGUACAGAAUGGCUUGAACGGCUCUGCGCGGUAA